AUGUCUGUCACACUCACACUGUCUCUGCUCUGGUCUCACUGGAGGAGCAUUUUGACAUAGUGUGAGUGAACCUGCUGACACCAUGACUCAGGAAGGUCUCAAGUGCCCCACGGUGUUCACAGUGGACAGUUACCACACAGCGCCCCCUCCUCUGCCCCCCCGACCCGGACGAAAACGCCACAUCGGUACCACUCAGGUGCUGCUCUUCCUCCUGGUGAGUGUGGCUCUGAGUGGCAUGGUCAUCGAGGCCUGGCUCAUCUACCGCCUCUACCACCCGUCUCCACCUACCGAAAUUGCACUGCCUUCCGCCGCAAAGCUGAUCAAUGAAGCAUCCGCACUCAGACCUUUACCCACCAAAUGGCCCCGACUGGUGGAAGCUCCGUCCAAACCACUGGCCCAUCUCACAGAUGGUUUAGAUGCUACAGCCCCUGCAAAAGACAUCAUGGCAUGGAGUGAGAUAGCAGACCCUCUCCUCUACAAAGUGAGCUACAAAGAUGGCUCCCUCAUCUUCCACGAAAAUGGUUAUUACUUCAUUUACUCCAAAGUCACGUUCAAUGUCGACAUCCUUGUUCGUCACUCAAUUGAACUGAAAACAAAAUAUUACCUUGGUAAAAAGACCAUCACACUCCUGAAGUCCAUGCAGACCACAGUUUCAAGACCUUCCAACAGUUUUCUGGCUGGAGUCUUCCACUUUUACAAAGACGAUGCCAUUUUUGUCAAAGUCGGUGAUACUUCUCAUGUUGCACAUCACGAUCCCACAGAAAAUGUGUUUGGUGCUUACAUGAUCUGAUGAAAAUACUUGAAAUGUAAGAAAGUAAAGAUAUACAUUAGAUUCAGACCCCUCAUAAUGAUAGUUUAGCUUACAGAAAACUGUCUACUCUUGUUCCUGUAAGUCACAAACUGUGCAUUGCUUAAAAAUGUUUUACAUCUCAGGGUUACUCUAAUAUAUUCUAGUUUUCUAGAUAGUCUUAUAACCUUUAAUUGCUAAGUUUUCUAAAUAUUAUCCACCCACAGAAAUAGUGACAUUGUCUUUUAUUAAAAAAAAUAAAAUAAAAAAAAAACAAACAAAAAAAGCAUGCUUGCACAGUUUCUUACAGUAAAACAUGGAGUUAUGUUACUUUUGUUUAUUUAUAACUGUAUGUACGAGGAUACUCUUCUGUAAACAUGGCUUUAUCAGCAGACUUUAAAAGUGCACUGAGCAACUUUGCUGGUAGAGGGUUCGCUACCUACUUGUCUCUAUGGAGAUGUUUUUGCUUGGCCUGGAAUGUUCCAUGAUAUGACAUUAAAUAUGUCCAUCUAGAAUUGAUUUAUUACGGGUGCUUGACUGUUCAAAAAUACAAUAAUUCCUUCUGUGAAUAGGGGCAAGUGUUACGGCUCCACAGAUCUGUAUUGUAAUGUAGUGUAGUGCUGUACUUCUUGUCUCUCUUCUGAAAGGUCGGUUUAGUCUAUACUGUGGAACAUUCUAGACAAAUGUUAUGCAGUGUACCUUUAAAGCAGGCUGUGCUGAUGUUUUGGGGUGCGGAUUCCUGAAAGACAGAGCUAAUAAUAAUUUUCUCUUUCUUUUAUUACUUAUUUCUGAUAUUGAUGCACUUUAAUGCAAUCACUGUGCUGUUACGAUUUCUAUGUAAUAUGUUGAAAAUUGCCCGGGUGUUAUAUACAAAUGUGUAAUAAAGAUGUAAAAGUGUG